AUGUGUUCUGGUUAUUCUAUAGAUAUUCGCACGCUUAUUUUUUAUUUACAAUUGUUUAUCUCAUUUGAAGAUGAAAGCAAUGAUCUUAAAGCAUCAAUUCGGGCUUUACAGUUCAUUUUAAUGACGUCAGCUAAAUAUUCUGUUGAUGGACCAUCUUUGUCAAAUGAAUUAACUCAAUUAGGCUUACCAAAAGAACAUGCCAAUGGUCUUGUCAAAGUUUAUGAUGAAAAUUUCGAAAAAUUAACAAAUAAAUUACGUUCAUCUAUUUUAAGACUUACAAAACUAAACGAUAUUCAAUGGGAUGUGUACGAUGUGAAAGCGAUAAAUAAUGUUAAUGACGUCUACUUACCAGUAGUGACAAUGAAUAUUAAUUACGAUGAUUAUACAGUCGAUGAUGAUUCACAACAAACAAAAUCUAUCGCAUUUUCAAUGCACGCUGAAAAUUUUGGCAUUCUAUUAGCUGAUUUACAAGCUGCACGUGAUUAUAUGAAAACUUAUUCAACUUGA